AUGAAUAUUGUGUUCCAACGUGCUAAUGAUGCUGUUUUAUGCGAUUUUAAAGAUACUGAGCGGUACAGUGAGAGCGAGCAGCGGAAGAUUCAACGGUUGUUGUCAGAAGUUGAACUUGGUGAUAGACGCCCAACACAGUUGCUAACGGAGUUGACAGCGUUAGCUAAAGACAAGGUGAGCGAUGAGUUCCUUAAGUCUCUUUGGCUGAAGCGUUUGCCACCACAAGUGCGCGCUAUUCUGCAGGCAUCGAACGUGGCACUAGCAGAACUGGCGAAAUUAGCAGAUCGUAUUUGCGAGGCGGGUGAUUUUCAACAGAUAGCUGUAGCGUCAGCCUCUGAUUGUCCAGCCUAUUCUGAGAAUGCUGUGAUUUUACGAAGGCUUGAGCAAAUCGAACAGCGUCUGAGUCGUUUGGAUUUACGUCGUAGUGAGUCGGUGCAAAGUCGAUCGUCAUCGAGGAGACGUAGGCGAACUCGUUCCCGACCAGGAAGUCAUCCAGAUUGGUGCUGGUAUCACGAAAGGUUUGGUGAUAGAGCUAAUGCUUGUCGGCAGCCCUGUAGUUUUGUGGCAAGCUCUCAUCAGUCAAAAAACUAG